CACCGUACCCAUCCUACGUGAAAUAGACUAUAUGUUGCACAUAUGUUGUCAUUUGUUCAUUUGUUGUUAUAAUUGGCGGCAAACACUUAUGAUAUUUUUAUUUUAACAAAUUAACAAUAUCAAUUUUUGAAUCCGAAUAAUGAUGACCCCCACAUUUUCGUUUCCUUUUGAACCUUAUGAAAUUCAGAAAAAGUUUAUGAAAGAGUUAUAUUUUACCAUCGAAAAUAAGCACUGUGGUAUAUUUGAAAGUCCUACAGGAACAGGUAAAUCAUUAAGUAUUUGCUGUAGUGCUCUGCAGUGGCUAAAAGAUAGCAACAAGAAAAAUGUAGAAAAGUUAACAAAGGAAAUAGAUCAAAUUAAACUUGAACUUGCAAAUAAUGCUGAUUCGAAUGAUUGGCUCCAAGAGGAGUAUGAUAAAAUAAAGAAAAAUCAAACCUUACUAAAUUUACAAAAUCAACUUGAUCAAAUAAAAAAAAGGGAAUUAGAAUUUGAUGAAUUAAAAAAGAGAGUAACCAAACAAUGUAAUAAUUGGAAUAAAAAUGAACAUUAUUUUGUAAAAAAAGAGAAAGAGACUAAAACAAAAAGUGAAGACGAUUUAGAAGAAAAAGAAAAUAUCGAUGACCAGGAUCUUAUUGUUGAGAGCAUAGAUAAUGAAGAAGAUGAGUCAGACAGUGAAGAGAUUAUUGCAGAUAAUGAAGCUACCGAAGAUAAUAAUACAAAGAUUUACAUAAGUAGUAGAACACAUAGCCAACUGUCACAGUUUGUGGGUGAAAUUAAAAGGACAGUUUUCAAAGAUAAUACUAAAGUAAUCACUCUUGCUUCAAGACAACAUUACUGUGUAAAUUCUGAUGUGAAUAAAUUAAAAAAUGUCAAUCUGAUUAAUGAAAGAUGUAUCGAUAUGCAAAAGUCUAAAAACAAGUCAACUUCCAUUGCUGAAGAGGGUAAGGUAUUAAAAAGAAUAAAAACGAAAUCUUGCUCAGCAUGCCCAUAUUAUAACCAGAACAAUAUAGCAAAGUUAAAAGAUCAAUUAUUAGUUGGUGUACUGGACAUGGAAGACAUAAUUAAAUGUGGUAAACAAUUAAAAGCCUGCCCUUACUAUGCUUCAAGGAUGGCUUUGAAUGAGUCAGAGGUAGUUCUGAUAAGCCAUGCUGGUAUAGUUAGCAGUGGAGCAAGAUCUGGCAUAUCUCUCAAACUACAAGAUAAUGUUCUAAUCUUAGAUGAAGCUCAUGGUCUGACUGCAGCCUUGGAAAAUGCCCACUCAGCCCCAGUUUCUUCUAAGCAAUUAUCAUCAGUAAAGACAUUUUUGGAAUUCUAUAUCAAUAAAUAUACAAAUAGAUUUAGUAGCAGGAGUCUUUUACAGUUGAAUCAACUGAAUUUUGUUAUUGGAAAGCUAUUAGGCUUUAUUAGACCAAAACUAUUCAACAACAAGAAACAAGAGUCAACAAUACAUACACUUGAAGAUUUCGUAAUAAAAUUGGAAAUAGAUCACUUGAACUUACGACCCCUAGUGGAGUUCUCUAGAAACACUAGAUUGGCUCCAAAAUUACACGGUUUUUCAUUGAGAUAUAAUCAACAAGAACUUGAGGCAGAGAAUAAUAAACAAAAAUGUAACAAAAAAGCUUCAUUCAAGGAGUUUCUUAGUAAUAUGUCCAAGAAUAAAGAUGGAAAUGAUCAACUUGAGCAAAAGCCAAAAGAAGAAGCAACAUUGCAAACUGAGACUUCGGCUGGCAGUGGGUUGUAUGCAGUAAUGGAUUUCUUAGAGAUGUUGUGUGACCGAAGCGAAAAUGGCAGAGUUUUAGCACAAGUUGGUGAAACUGGAUUACUUAAAUAUCUAUUAUUAAAUCCAGCUGAACAUUUUCACCAAGUUGUCAAUCAAUGUAGAUCUGUAAUUGUAGCUGGAGGUACAAUGGAACCAGUUAAUGAAUUUCUCACAUUGCUCACAAACAAUAAGUCUGAUGCAGAAUGUGUAAAUGUAGUUAAAUGUGAGCACGUAGUUUCACCUGAUAAUGUCUUAGGGGUUUGUCUAUCAAAAGGUCCUUCAAAUGUUAAUUUGAACUUCUCAUAUGAAAAACGGAAAUCUACAGAUUUGUUAAAAGAAGUUGGUUGCAUAUUGAGAAAUGUUUGCGCUGUUGUGCCUCAUGGUGUUGUAUGUUUUCUACCCUCAUAUUCAUAUGAGCAGAAGUUAUAUGAACACUUGAAUUCUACUAAAGUUAUUGAUAUCUUAAGUAAAAAGAAAAAUAUAUUUCGGGAACCAAAAUCAGCUUCUGAAGUAGAUGAGGUUUUACAAAAAUAUGCAUCAGCUAUUAAUAGUAAGGAAUCGAGAACAAAAGGAGCUCUCUUAUUUAGUGUAGUUGGAGGAAAACUUAGUGAAGGGUUAAAUUUUAGUGAUAAUUUAGGUCGGUGUGUAAUUGUAAUUGGUAUGCCAUAUCCAAACAUAAAAUCACCAGAAUUACAGGAAAAGAUGACUUUCAUGAACAAAAGAGACCCUGGUACGGGAACCAUAUAUUAUGAAAAUUUGUGUAUGAAAGCUGUCAACCAGUGCAUUGGUAGAGCUGUGAGGCAUGCUAAUGACUAUGCCUGUAUUUUGCUAAUAGAUGAAAGAUAUUCUAGGCCUCAAACAAUUUCGGCAUUACCAUCUUUUAUACAGAAGUCAUUAAUGUCAAACUGUACAUUUGGUCAAACAGUAGGAAGCAUAGCCAAGUUUUUUGGAAAACAUAAAGAAAAAAUGGCAGUUCAAUAAUAAUAGUUUAUUGUACACUUUUUAAGUUGAAAACCCUAAAAAACUGUGAUAAACAAUAUAAUAUUUUAUAUUUUUA